UUUCAACAACUCUGCGGAGUGAGCACAUGAACCAUCCUUAAAACCCUUGAACCACUAUUCAUCAAAUAUUCUUGCUGUUCCUUUCCUUAUCUUUUACCGGUGCGGGUUUGUUGAAUUGAUAGUUGGGUUCGGUCUUCUGGGUCCGGUUGUGUAAGUCUUCGUGUGUUUUUGGAGGUUUGAGAAAUGGAGGGGUUACAGAAAUUGAUUCCUAAAGUCUCAAAAGAGACGAAGUUAGGCUCUUCCAGUUCUUCUCCCUUAUCGGAGACUCCCUAUUUGAGUGGCGGUGGAGUGGGAGGAGGAGUUUCUGCCGCUUUAUCUUCUUCUUCUUCUGAUCAGUCUCAUGUUUUGGUCACCCGGGCUCCUAGACAAGUGGUAUCACUGUGGACUUGCUCAAAGCUUUGUGCUAUUUCCUUUGCUGUUGGAGUUGUAUUCGGGUACACACUGAGGCGACGCGUUCGGCGCUGGGCUUCCAACCUUCUCAAGAGAUUGAAAGAUAAUUGAUUCCACCCUGUCCUUCUCAUUUUAUGCCAACUUCAGUGUUGUUAUCAUUUACAGGUAAACUUUUCUGCUGAUUAUAGCUGCUUACUCGCAAAGAGAACAAUUUGGAGAAUUUUCAGAUCCAAGACAGGCAAUUAGUCUCACUGCAUCAAUAGAGAAUGAUUUUGCAGAAUUUUCUUUUGGAUGUUUUAAGGAGGGGGAGCAAUUUGGAGUCAUUGCAGCCAAGAAAUCUACUAUUUGCAUUUUCCUUUCUUUGUUUUAUAAAAUUCUCGUGUUGGACUGAACUAGUAAAUGAGUAAUACAUGGUAAUUGCAUUUA